AUGGCUUCUUCGCUUCCUAUCUAUUCGCUGCAGGAUGUCUCACAGCAUAAUACUGCAAAGGACCUCUGGAUAGUAAUCGACAAGGAAGUUUACGACGUCACCCGGUUCCAGGCAGAGCAUCCCGGGGGUGAGAAGAUCCUGCAGAAGGUCGCCGGAAAAGAUGCAACUGACAAGUUCCUCGAGCAUCAUGACGCAUCAAUCCUCACCCGUUAUCGAGAGCGCUUGCAAGUUGGAGUCUUGGUGGAGACCAAAGCUCAGGAGCCAAAGAAGGGUUUCCUCAGUAGACUAUUUCGCGCAUGA